AACUCCCUCAACUCUUCUUUCCACUUCCACUUCACCUCCCACUCCCACGACCCUAACACUCUCCCUCACAACCACCACCAUAUUCACAACCCCCCAAAAUGUCUCUCAAAGCCGGCGACUCCUUCCCCUCCGACGUAGUCUUCAAAUACAUCCCCUGGACCGAAGAAUCCGGCGAGAUCACCGCAUGCGGCAUCCCCAUCAACUUCAACGCCUCGAAAGAAUGGGCCGAUAAGAAGGUGGUCCUGUUCUCCGUCCCUGGCGCAUUCACCCCCACCUGCUCCGUCAACCACGUUCCGGGCUACAUCCAGAACAUCCAGCAGCUGAAGUCCAAGGGCGUGCAGACCAUCGCUGUCAUCGCGUCCAACGAUCCCUAUGUCAUGAGUGCGUGGGGGAAGGCGAAUAAGGUUACUGGAGAUGAGUUUCUCUUCCUCUCCGACCCCGAUGCCAAGUUCUCCGAGUCCAUCGGCUGGGCCAACGCGGGGCGCACCGGGCGGUAUGCGAUUGUGAUCGAUCAUGGGAAGGUCACGUAUGCGGAGAUUGAGACGAAGAAGGGGGCUGUUGAGGUUUCCGGCGCGGAUGCCGUGUUGGCUCAUCUGUAAAUUAUUCAUUGGCAGUGGGGAGAUUGAAAGGCACUGUGAUGUAUUCAGGGAUUCCAGACAGCUCGAUGGACUGGGGGAUUGUGGACUUGACCUGUCCUACUCAUACUGAGAGUAUUCCUUGGACUUUGCUUGAACGGAAAACAUAUCUUUCUCCAAUAUUCUCCACCCUUCCAAAGUCUUAUCGUUUGACAGCUAGUAGCUUCCAACCACAAUACUAAGUUUUAUCACG